GACUAUCCCCUCGUUGCUUUUACGACGGUGGUUGGCGGUGUUCGGAGGCGCUUUGCGGCACAGCGAGCGGCCUGAGGGGACGCGGAGGGGCUCGGCGCCGGUAGCGGGGCCCGGGGCGCGGGGUCCGGGUCCGGGUCCGGGUCCGCGGUAGGAUGAAGCUGACCACUCAGGCCUAUUGUAAAAUGGUGCUGCACAGCGCCAAGUACCCGCACUGCGCCGUGAACGGGUUGCUGGUAGCUGAGCGGCCUUCGGCGGGAGCUCCGCGCCGGGAUCAAACCGGGCCCCCAUCCCUCUUCGUGGACUGCAUCCCGCUGUUCCACGGCACCCUGGCGCUGGCGCCCAUGCUGGAGGUGGCGCUUACACUGAUUGACUCUUGGUGCAAAGAGAAUAGCUACGUGAUAGCUGGAUAUUACCAGGCAAACGAACGCGUGAAAGAUGCCAGCCCGAACCAGGUUGCAGAAAAGGUGGCCUCCAGGAUUGCAGAAGGCUUUAAUGAUACAGCACUCAUAAUGGUCGAUAACACCAAGUUUACGAUGGAGUGCGUAGAGCCUGCCAUUCAUGUGUAUGAGCUUCACGAGAACAAGUGGAGGUGCAAGGACCCACAUGUUGAUUUUUGUGAAGAUUGGACCGAAGCCCAGAGAAUCGCUGCAUCUCUCUUGGACAGCAAGUCCUACGAGACACUGGUAGAUUUUGAUAAUCACCUGGAUGAUAUCCGAAACGACUGGACAAACCCAGAGAUCAACAAAGCUGUCCUCCACCUGUGCUAGAGAGGUUUCUACUGACUAACUUACAGGCGUUCCCACUCUGUACUGAAGAGAGAAAAAUGCUAUUUUUGAAUGUAAAUAGAAUAAUAUUCAGUACUUUGUGUGGAAACCUGACUGAUUAAAAAGCAGUGGCAUGUCACAUUGCAGAGUGAUGUGUCCAUAAGCUGUUGAAUCCUUUGAUUCCUGAGGUUCCUCGAAGAACUGCACACUGUCAGUUACUGCUGUCCUUAUGGAUGCCUUCCCAGUUGUAGUGAAUGUUGCUAUUCCUUCAAAACCAAAACUACUACUGCUUGUCCCUACUGUUCAUAAUACAGAGUUUUGACUAAGCUUUUCUAAUCUUUAGAGAGGUUACUUUUUAAUGAUUUGUGGAAAUACCUUCCAAGCAAAAUAAGUCUUGUCCUCAGAUGGGAAAAUUUAAGGUCAGACAUGAAGGUUAACAGUUGGAAAUGUAAUUCUUAGGCACAGUGAAAUGCAAACUGCUGAGGACAAUGUACCAUGCCCGUUUCUUAACUGUAUUGCAGUGGUUUAGCAUGACGCAGCUACUACCAAGAAUGUGUUAAAGCAGCAUUCCCAAACACUAUGGUGAUUCCUGCUCUCCAUGGGCAUACAGCCACAGAUAUUGCUUGAACGUGUUAAACCCAAGGUAAAAACCAGAUGUUCACCUAAUGAUGUGUAAAAACGACUGGAAGUGCACUAAUGAGUUCUAAAACAGUUUAAGUUUACAAGAGAAGAGUGAAAUAUCUUAUUAAUUGUAUGCGAUCUUGUUGGGUUUUAUAAACAGAUCUCAUUUUCAACUGGUUCAUAUGCUGUCCAUUUAAGUAGGUCUAAAAUGUGUCCCUCCAAGUUGAAGGCAAGUGAUCUGAAUACAUCGAAUCAAGGAGCCUAGAUACAGUCUUGUUCCGCUUCUGUCUUUCUAAUUAAUGUUUGUUUUAUAAGAAGUUUAAUGAAGCUUUAUAUCAGACUAGCACAGUUCUUGUUGCCUUACUUCUCACGGUUGUUUGUAGAACUAGUUAAACAUAGCCUCAACCUGCAUCAGUUUCUGUACAUUUCUUUCUCUUCCUACCCAAAAGUGGAAGAUCCAAAUGAUCCACUUCUCUCCAAGUUCCUGAUUUUAAUUUAGUGUUCUGAUUUUGAGAUGUUGGGGGUGGGAUUGUCAAAACCUCUUAGUCUACCUCUUCUUCUACUUAAAUAAGCACAAGUUUUAGUCUUGGUCUUAGUGAAAGGUAGGGUGUAAGGCUAAAAUCCUGUUCCAAAGCAGUGAAUAGAAUCAGGGUGCUUCCGCCUGAGUCCUGCUGUGGUGUUCCCUGCAGUUCUGAUUCCACAAAACUGGGAGGUGAGGUGUGAGGUUCAGCUCCAUAUCCAAGGAGGAGAUGAAGGCUUGAACAGUUGGGUUUGUCUCCCUAAGAUGUGUUAACAAAAGGGAUCGGCACUUUGUCAACAGUUUUUCCUAAGCAUGAGUCAGAUAUGCUUGUGGGAAGGGAUAAUGUUUUCACCUGUUGAACAAGAACAUAUAUCUAGCUCACAAACAGUGAGAUAAACACAUUCCAGUGGCUGUUUCACUGCACAUCCAGGGCUGUAGGAAAAGAUACCCUGGGAACAGGAAUGCUUUGCAGUGUGUGUUUGGAGGAGGCUCUGCAGGCAGAGGACUGCUGGCUUACUUUGUACAAACACCUCCUGAAAUCUAACCUAUUGUUCCAGAGGCAGAUGUUAUCUUAGGGAGAUGCAGUACAUUAGUUAUGGGAGAUUGUCAGUCAGCACUGCCAUGUAAGCUGGUAUGUCUCCUGAGCCACAGGAAAUGUAUUUCUUUGUAACUCAAUGUCAUAAUCUAUCUUUGAUCGUAUAUAUGCUAAUACAGUUUAAAUCUUGCCAUCCUCCCCCAAAAUGUACAUCAUCACUCUGUAACCUGAUGGAAACACUCCCUGUGACUAACAAUGAGACACGUUUCUGGAA